UAUUAUUUUCGUAUAAAAGAAAUCAAUUCUUCUUCCUGAAUCUGGUAUAAGAAAGCAAAAUAUUGAGGAGAAAUCGGAGAGAUGAAAAUGGCGAAAACACCAUCAGUUCCUCCUCAGGAGCAGAUUUCUUCUUCCUUCUCCUCAAUUUCGACUACGACGAUGACAAAAACAAUCAUAAAAGACAUGAAUUCGGAACAUAUAAUUUCUCUCCUUGGAUUCUUGGAGGACGUCGGUGUCUCUGAUUCCACUGUCCGCAAUUACGUUUCCAAGGAUUUAUACUCUCCACUUCUUUGCAGCAAUCUUCAGACCCUGGACGUCCGACCUGGUUACAUCUCCUGCCUACUCUCUGUCAAACCAGCAAUCUCUAACUUUUAUGGUGGGCUACAUGGAGGAGCUGCUGCAGCUGUUGCAGAAAAAGUGUCGAUUGCUUGUGCUAGGACGGUGGUACCUGAGGAUAAGGAGCUGUUUCUCGGUGAAUUGAGCAUGUCUUAUCUCUCUGCUGCUCCUACAAACGCAAAGUUGGUUGUGGAUGGAUCUGUAGUGAGGAGUGGAAGAAAUAUUACUGUAGUUGCAAUCAAUUUUAAGUUGACGAACUCGGGGAAACUGGUCCAUACUGCUCGUGCUACUUUCUAUAACUCCCCUGUCUCCAAGCUUUAAAGUCAUCCAAUUUUUGCGAUCAUCCAAGACACGUCAUUUUCUGUCUAGUUAACCAUGGCCAUGGAAAAUUGUGAAAAUCUCUGUUUACAACUUCAUGUUAAAUUGUGUAUUGUCUUAUACAUUAUCCCAUGCUCCUUCCAAUAUCUGCUACAUAUAAUCAGAAUCUUUGUUGGUGCAUGGAAUAUACAAUUGAAUAGAAUAAUACAUACACACAUAUAUAUGACUGCUUCUGCAA